UUGCACAAAAUCGGCUUUGCCCUCACCAACUUGACCCAACAUCCACUAGACAUCCUGACAUUCAUGAAAAGGGGAAGGGAAACGCUGACCUCAGCAGACAUCACAAGGAUGAUUGAAUGUGCCUGCCGCCGUAUGCGGUCGCAACACAUACUGGAGGUUGUGGAAGCAGAACUGCAGAGCCUUAAACCGGGUGCA